GAUGAGAAUGAACUUCGCAUCCCGAAUGAAAACGUAAAACAGAGCCAAACCCAUGAGCUGCUUACAGUCGCUAUCAGCCAGAGACACGAUGAUGACGACGAGCUUGUGAAAGUCAUUCAUCAGGGUUCGGCGUUAGUCAUGGAUGACCCUUCAUUUAUCACUGAUCCGGUGCUGGAUACAGACACAUAGCACACUGAUUGGACGCAGCGGGGGGACCAGUAGCGCCGAGCCAGAUCCAGAGUUGAGGAAACACACUCUUGCGCGAUUUAUCCGUAGCCUCCUCUCGCAGCGCUUUCAGGUAGACAUGCACGCGCGCAUUCCCGGCUUUGUUGUAUCUCUGUGAGGAACCGGCGGCAGCUCGUUUUACUCCGUAUUUCGGUGUUCCCGGACUGUGGCGGCUGAUAUUCGGCAUUUACGCACAUGAGCGCUGGACACAUCGAUCACCCCCGACCAAUCUCCUCCGUUUGCUCUUGCUUUUCAGAGAGGAGAGAGAAACAUCUAUCUAUCAACAUCUGAGUGACUCUCGCGCUCUCCGGACUAUCGUUUGGACGGGAGUUGCUGUUUGAAGCGAGUGAGGAGGACUUGUUUUGCGAGAAACAUCUCUCUGUUUUGUCUUUCCCAGAAGUUGACCGUCGUUUAGUGAAGUUUUGUCAAUGGGAUGCUGAAACACAUCAACAGCAGGUAGACAACAGUAAGCACACGUUCGGGCGGAGCCUGAGGUGAGCGAGCGCUCUAAUUGGUUGCCACAUUGCGUUUCACCGCGUCAUGCGGGCAGGAUGGAUGUGAAAGAACGCAGGCCGUACUGCUCACUGACCAAGAGCAGGAGAGAGAAAGAGCGCCGCUACACGGGCUCAUCCGGCGACAGCGAGGACUGCCGCGUGCCCACCCAGAAGUCCUACAGCUCCAGCGAGACACUCAAGGCCUUCGACCACGACUCCUCACGCCUGCUCUACGGAGGCCACGUCAAAGAGAUGGUCCACCGAGAGGCAGAUGAGUACAGCCGCCAAGGUCAGAACUUUAACCUGAGGCAGCUGGGAAUAUGUGAACCAGCCACACGCCGUGGCUUGGCCUUCUGUGCAGAGAUGGGCCUCCCCCACCGCGGCUACUCCGUUGGCGCAGGCUCAGACGUGGACACUGAGAACGAGGGGGUGAUGUCACCGGAACGUGCCAUGCGCCUCUGGGGCAGGGGUGUGAAAUCUGGCCGCAACUCCUGCUUGUCCAGCCGCUCGAACUCAGCCCUGACCCUGACUGACACAGAGCACGAGAACAAAUCAGACAGUGAGAACGGUUCUCCCAUGCCAUCCUCUCUCUCCAGUCCAUCAGUCACUGAGCAUUCCCAUUCUCAACCACCCUCACCCAAUCUCCAUGACAACCAGAAUUCCGUCUUAAGUAAUGCCACCACGCAGGCGGCGCAGGACUCUGAUUCGGAAGAAGAGUACACGGCCGCUCACUAUAGACCCGUAACGCAGCCUGCCCUCAGCCACAGCUGUAAUGAGCAACCAUCCAAUCAGCACCAGCAGGGCCCGUCCACGCUGCCACCGGUGCCGCCCCCGCACAAGCAGCAGCCGUCGGUGACGGCGCUGAACCACAACUCUCUGAGCAGCCGCAGGAACGUGAGCCCGGCCCCUCCGGCCGCCCUCCCCGCCGAACUGCAAACCACACCCGAGUCAGUGCCGCUGCAGGACAGCUGGGUCCUGGGCAGCAAUGUGCCGCUGGAGAGUAGGCACUUUCUCUUUAAGACGGGCACUGGCACCACUCCUCUGUUCAGCACGGCCACGCCAGGCUACACCAUGGCCACGGGGGCGGUCUACUCGCCCCCGACCCGGCCCCUGCCCCGCAACACACUCUCCCGCAGCGCCUUCAAGUUCAAGAAGUCCUCUAAGUACUGCUCAUGGAGGUGCACGGCCCUCAGUGCCAUGGCUGUCUCCAUACUGCUCUCUGUACUGCUCUGUUACUGCAUUGCCAUGCAUCUCUUUGGAUUGAAUUGGCAGCUGCAGGAGACUGAGGGCUAUGCUUUUGAGAAUGGCCAGGUCAAAUCUGACGGCACAGCAACCAACGCAGUUACUGCCCUAACUACUGAGAACAGAGUUUACUUUCAAGAGAAUAACACCAUAGACACAGGUGAGGUGGAUGUGGGCCGUAGAGCAGUACAGGACGUCCCUCCAGGAACUUUUUGGCGCUCUCAGCUCUUCAUUGACCAGCCGCAGUCCCUCAAGUUCAACAUCUCCGUCCAGCGAGGCGCCCUGGUGGGGGUCUAUGGCCGGAAAGGCCUGCCUCCCACUCACACUCAGUAUGACUUUGUGGAGCUGUUGGAUGGCAGUCGUUUGAUAGCUAAAGAGAAGCGUGGACUGGUGGAGGUGGAAGGAGCAGGCAGAAAGUCUCGGGCGGUUAACGUUCAUGAGGCAGAGUUCAUCCGAUACCUGGAUUCAGGCACCUGGCACCUCGCCUUCUACAAUGAUGGCAAAAACACUGAACAGGUCUCCUACAACACCAUCAUCAUAGAUACCCUCACUGAGUGUCCACACAAUUGCCAUGGUAACGGAGACUGUCGCUCGGGAACAUGCCAUUGUUUCCCAGGGUUCCUUGGGCCUGAUUGCUCACGAGCCGCUUGUCCAGUGCUGUGCAGUGGCAAUGGGCAGUACUCCAGGGGGCGCUGUCUUUGUUACAGCGGCUGGAAGGGGACAGAGUGUGAUGUUCCUAGCAACCAGUGCAUCGAUAUUCACUGCAGCGGACACGGAAUCUGCAUUAUGGGCACCUGCAACUGCAACACAGGCUACAAAGGAGACAACUGUGAAGAAGUUGACUGCCUGGACCCCUCCUGUUCAUCCCAUGGAGUGUGUAUUCACGGAGAGUGCCACUGCAAUCCAGGAUGGGGCGGCAACAACUGCGAGAUCCUGAAGACUAUGUGUCCAGACCAGUGCUCGGGACACGGAACCUACCAGACGGAGAGCGGCACCUGCACCUGUGACACCAACUGGACUGGACCUGACUGCUCCAUCGAGGUGUGUGCAGUGGACUGUGGCUCACACGGUGUGUGUAUAGGAGGAAGCUGUCGCUGUGAAGAGGGCUGGACAGGUUCAGAAUGCGAUCUGAAAGCUUGUCACCCACGCUGCACUGAACAUGGCACCUGCAAGGACGGCAAAUGCGAAUGUCACCAGGGCUGGACCGGAGAACAUUGCACCGUUGCUCACCCGGAGACGUAUGUCCAAGGAGAGAGGAUAGGAUUUAAAGAGGGAUGCCCAGGUCUGUGCAACAGUAAUGGACGCUGCACACUGGAUCAGAAUGGCUGGCAUUGUGUCUGCCAACCAGGCUGGAGAGGGGCCGGCUGUGACGUUGCCAUGGAAACUCUCUGCGCAGACGGGAAGGACAAUGAAGGAGAUGGCCUGGUGGACUGUAUGGAUCCAGACUGCUGCCUGCAGAGCUCGUGUCAGACUCAGCCCUUCUGCCGCGGCUCUCCUGACCCCAUCGACAUCAUCAGCCAGAACCAACCCACAAGCCCACAGCAAGCCGCCCAGUCAUUCUAUCAGCAAAUCAGCUUCCUCAUUGGCCCAGAGAGCACGCAUGUCAUUAACGGAGACAACCCUUUUAACAGAAGCCUGGUGUCCAUUAUCAGAGGGCAGGUGCUCACUGCAGAUGGUACGCCCCUGAUUGGAGUCAACGUGUCCUUUGUGCACUACCCAGACCACGGAUUCACCAUCACACGGAAGGAUGGCAUGUUCGACAUUCUGGCCAAUGGUGGAGCAUCACUGACGCUGAGCUUUGAACGGGCGCCGUUUCUCACUCAAUUCCGUACUGUAUGGAUCCCGUGGAAUGUCUUCUAUGUAAUGGACACGCUAGUUAUGAAGAAGGAGGAAAACGACAUCCCCAGCUGCGACCUGAGCGGCUUCAUUCGACCCAGCCCUCUCAUCGUGGCCACACCACUCUCCACCUUCUUCCGAUCCUCGCCCGAGAAUGGCCCCAUCAUUCCAGAGACACAGGUUCUUCAGGAGGAGACUGCAAUUCCAGGGAGCGACCUAAACCUGAUGUAUUUGAGUUCACGGGCGGCUGGCUACCGGCCAGUGCUCAAGGUGACCAUGACCCAAGCCACCAUCCCCUUUAACCUCAUGAAGGUGCAUCUGAUGGUGGCAGUGGUGGGACGCCUCUUUCAGAAGUGGUUCCCUGCAGAACCCAACCUGUCCUACACCUUCAUCUGGGACAAAACAGAUGCAUACAACCAAAGAGUCUAUGGCCUGUCAGAGGCUGUGGUGUCUGUGGGAUUCGAGUAUGAGUCCUGUUUGGAUCUGAUCUUGUGGGAGAAAAGAACAGCCAUCCUCCAAGGUUACGAACUGGACGCCUCAAACAUGGGAGGAUGGACCCUAGACAAACACCACAUUUUAGAUGUUCAGAAUGGCAUCCUCUACAAAGGCAACGGUGAGAACGUCUUCAUCUCCCAGCAGCCUCCAGUGAUCAGCACCAUUAUGGGUAAUGGGCGCAGGCGCAGUAUCUCCUGCCCCAGCUGUAAUGGCCAGGCUGAUGGCAACAAACUGUUGGCUCCAGUGGCCCUCGCAUGUGGAUCUGAUGGCAGUCUGUUCGUCGGUGACUUUAACUACAUAAGACGCAUCUUUCCCUCUGGAAACGUUACUAGUGUUAUGGAGCUAAGAAAUAAAGAUUUCAGACAUAGCAACAAUCCUGCACAUAGAUACUACCUAGCAACAGACCCAAUGACAGGUCAGCUGUAUGUUUCGGACACCAACUCAAGACGGAUCUUUAGGCCUAAAGCCCUGACGGGAACCAAAGAGCUGCUGCAGAACGCAGAGGUUGUGGCUGGGACCGGAGAGCAGUGUUUGCCGUUUGAUGAGGCUCGAUGUGGGGAUGGAGGCAAGGCCACUGAGGCGAUACUGCUGGGACCCAAAGGCAUUGCUGUGGAUAAGAAUGGGUUCAUCUACUUUGUGGAUGGUUCCAUGAUCAGAAAAGUAGACCGGAAUGGCAUCAUCUCAACACUGCUGGGGUCUAAUGACCUCACAUCCGCACGUCCUCUGACUUGUGAUACCAGCAUGCAUAUCGGACAGGUGCGUUUAGAGUGGCCCACAGACCUGGCCAUCAAUCCUAUGGACAACUCCAUCUAUGUGCUUGACAACAAUGUUGUACUACAGAUAACCGAGAACAGGCAGGUGCGCAUUGUGGCAGGCAGACCUAUGCAUUGCCAGGUGCCGGGCAUCGAGUACACCAUGGGAAAGCGUGCCAUCCAGACCACUCUAGAAGGUGCAACAGCCAUCGCUCUGUCCUACAGCGGAGUCCUCUAUAUUGCCGAGACAGAUGAAAAGAAGAUCAACCGCAUCAGACAAGUCAGCACGGAUGGCGAGAUUUCUAAUUUGGCAGGAGCACCCUCCGACUGCGACUGCAAGAAUGACGCUAACUGUGACUGCUACCAGACAGGCGAUGGGUAUGCCAAAGACGCAAGGCUAAAUGCUCCUUCCUCUCUGGUGGUCUCUCCUGAUGGAACACUCUACGUAGCUGACCUGGGAAACAUUCGAAUCCGUGCCAUACGUCACAAUCGACCUCCACAAGGCUCUUCUGGUCUUUAUGAAGUUGCUUCACCUGCUUCUCAAGAGCUCUACGUGUUUGACUCCAAUGGAACACAUCAGUAUACUAUGAGCUUGGUCACUGGUGACUACAAGUACAACUUCAGCUAUAGCAAUGAGGAUGAUAUCACCGCUGUAACAGAUAGCAGUGGAAAUACACUUCGGGUUCGUCGAGACCCCAAUCGAAUGCCAGUGCGUAUUGUUGCCCCUGACAACCAAGUUAUUUGGCUGACGAUUGGUACGAAUGGAGGGCUUAAGACCCUCACAGCACUGGGGCAGGAGUUGGUGCUCUUCACCUACCAUGGCAACAGCGGCCUGCUAGCCACCAAGAGCAUCCAAAUUGGCUGGACCACAUUUUAUGACUAUGACAGCGAGGGACGUCUGACGAAUGUGACAUUCCCCACUGGGGUUAUCACCAGUCUAAUCGGGGAGAUGGACAGAGCCCUAACAGUGGACAUUGAGACAUCAGGACGAGAUGACGAUGUCAGCAUCACCACCAACCUUUCUUCCAUUGACUCUUUUUACACAUUAGUUCAAGAUCAACUAAGAAACAGCUACCAGGUGGGCUAUGAUAACUCUAUGAGGGUCAUCUAUGCCAACGGAAUGGACUCACACUUCCAGACCGAGCCUCAUAUUCUUGCGGGCGCAUCCAACCCAACAGUGGCAAGAAGAAACAUGACCCUACCUGGAGAGAAUGGACAGAACUUGGUGGAGUGGCGCUUCAGAAAAGAACAGAACAGGGGGAAAGUCGUAGUAUUCGGCAGGAAACUCAGGGUCAACGGUAGAAACCUGCUGUCUGUGGAUUAUGACCGGUCACUACGCACAGAGAAAGUAUAUGAUGAUCAUCGAAAGUUCCUUCUGAAGAUUGUGUAUGAUGCCUCUGGUCACCCUACACUGUGGGUGCCCAGCAGUAAGCUGAUGUCUGUCAACCUCACCUAUUCCAGCACUGGUCAGGUCACUAGCAUUCAGAGAGGCCCCACAGUUGAGAGGGUAGAGUACGACAGCCAGGGACGCAUAGUCUCCAGAACCUUUGCUGAUGCCAAAACCUGGAGUUACACCUAUUUGGACAAGUCCAUGGUGCUGCUUUUACAUAGCCAGCGGCAGUACAUCUUUGAUUACGAUCUGCAGGACCGACUCUCCGCCAUCACUAUGCCAAGUGUGGCCCGUCACACCAUGCAAACUAUCCGCUCUGUUGGCUACUACCGCAACAUCUACAAUCCGCCUGAAAGUAAUGCCUCAGUUACAGUGGACUACAGUGAGGACGGUCAGCUCUUGCGGGUGGCACACUUGGGCACUGGCCGGCGUGUCCUCUAUAAGUAUCGGAGACAGAACAAGCUGGCCGAGAUCCUAUAUGACAGCACACGGGUCAGCUUCACCUAUGAUGAGACAGCAGGUGUGCUGAAAACUGUCAACCUACAGAGUGAGGGUUUCAUUUGUUCUAUCAGAUAUCGACAGAUAGGUCCACUGGUGGACCGGCAGAUAUUCCGCUUCAGUGAGGAUGGCAUGGUCAAUGCCCGCUUUGACUACACCUAUGACAAUAGCUUCCGAGUUACCAGCAUGCAAGGAGUCAUCAAUGAGACCCCGCUUCCCAUAGAUCUUUAUCAAUUCGACGACAUUUCUGGCAAGGUUGAGCAGUUUGGGAAAUUCGGCGUCAUCUAUUACGACAUUAACCAGAUCAUAUCAACAGCUGUCAUGACCUAUACAAAGCACUUCGAUGUCCAUGGCCGCAUCAAGGAGAUCCAGUACGAGAUCUUCCGCUCCCUCAUGUAUUGGAUCACUAUCCAGUAUGACAACAUGGGCCGGGUCACCAAAAGAGAAAUAAAGAUUGGUCCUUUUGCCAACACUACCAAAUAUGCCUACGAGUAUGAUGUGGAUGGGCAGCUGCAGACAGUCUACCUGAAUGAGAAAAUGAUGUGGCGGUAUAAUUAUGACCUGAACGGCAACCUACACCUGCUGAACCCUGGCAACAGUGCACGACUCACUCCACUCCGCUAUGACUUACGAGACCGCAUCACGCGGCUGGGCGAUGCGCAGUAUCGGAUGGACGAAGAUGGCUUUCUGCGGCAAAGGGGUGCUGAGAUCUUUGAGUAUAACUCCAAGGGCCUCUUGGUUCGGGUGCAUAGUAAAGCCAGUGGCUGGACCAUUCAGUACCGCUACGAUGGGUUAGGAAGACGCCUGGCCUCUCGCAACAGUCUGGGCCAGCACCUUCAGUUCUUCUAUGCGGAUCUCAACUACCCGACACGCAUCACCCAUGUCUACAACCACUCCAGCUCUGAAAUCACCUCGCUCUACUAUGACCUACAAGGCCAUCUGUUUGCCAUGGAGAUCAGCAGUGGCGAGGAGUUUUACAUCGCUUGUGACAACACAGGAACACCACUCGCCGUUUUCAGCAGCAAUGGGCUUCUCCUCAAGCAGGUGCAAUAUACUGCAUAUGGAGAGAUCUAUUUUGACUCUAACCCUGACUUUCAAUUGGUUAUUGGAUUCCAUGGUGGCCUAUAUGAUCCUUUAACAAGAUUGCUGCACUUUGGAGAGCGGGACUAUGACAUUCAAGCUGGCCGCUGGACCACCCCAGAUAUUAGCACCUGGACCAGGGUGGGCAAAGACCCAGCUCCCUUCAAUUUGUACAUGUUCCGCAAUAACAAUCCUAUCAGCAAGGUGCAUGAGGUCAAGGAGUAUGUCACAGAUGUCAACAUCUGGCUGGUGACAUUUGGAUUUCACCUGCAUAAUGUUAUCCCAGGAUUUCCCAUCCCAAAAUUUGACCUUACCCAACCCUCACUGGAAAUGAGGAAGAGUCAACUAUGGGACGACCUACCGUCUAUCUCAGGGGUCCAGCAGGAGGUUAUGAGGCAGGCCAAGGCUUUCCUGUCUUUUGAGAGGAUGCCAGAGAUCCAGUUAAGCCGACGACGUCCUAGCCGUGAAAAACCUUGGCUGUGGUUUGCCACGGUCAAAUCCCUCAUUGGUAAAGGUGUGAUGCUUGCCAUUACCAGUAAGGGCCAGGUGGCCACCAAUGCACUGAAUAUAGCAAAUGAGGACUGCAUUAAAGUGGCCACUGUCCUCAACAAUGCCUUCUAUCUAGAGGAUCUGCACUUCACAGUGGAAGGUCGUGACACACACUACUUCAUAAAGACCAGCCUACCUGAGAGUGACCUGGGCGCCCUGCGACUCACGAGUGGUCGCAAGAGUCUAGAAAAUGGUGUGAAUGUAACAGUGUCACAGUCCACCACCGUGGUCAAUGGACGGACACGUCGCUUCGCAGAUGUGGAGUUGCAGUACGGCGCAUUGGCUCUGCAUGUGCGCUAUGGCAUGACACUGGAUGAGGAGAAGGCACGUGUCCUAGAGCAGGCCCGCCAGAGAGCACUGUCAAGUGCGUGGGCACGGGAGCAGCAGCGCGUACGUGACGGGGAGGAGGGAGUGCGUCUUUGGACAGAAGGGGAGAAGAGGCAGUUGCUCAGCUCUGGGAAGGUGCUGGGUUACGACGGCUACUAUGUACUAUCAGUGGAGCAGUACCCUGAACUGGCCGACAGUGCCAACAAUAUCCAGUUCCUGAGGCAGAGUGAGAUUGGGAAGAGGUAACAGUCUGCACAGCACAGACUGUUCAACAGACUACUGCCCCUCUGCUCCACAAGCUCCUCUCUCCUGUGUACACACUCCCAGAGCUCCUAUCCCAGAGACUAAAGGGAAAGGGUUUAUGUUAGAGAAGUGAGGAGUUGUGCCUAAGUGCCACACAAACUGCAGUUAUACGGAAAAAACCUGAGGCACUUCCCCUCAUUGACUAAACACACCCCCAUCCUACAUAUUUGUUCACAUUAUUGCAUUGAAUGGAUAAUGGACUCUCUAAGAGAACAACCCAAGAAAAAACUCAGUUAUGAUUUGUUUUUCCUUUCUGUCUUUUUUUUUUGGAGCUUUUUAUAUAAAACCUUAAAGGUGACUUGGUCAGUGGUAAAACUGAGAGAAAAAAAGGCAAAUGUGUUUACAUGCAAAGACCACUGCACGCAGAUGAACUAACAUAAAGCCUUUUUCGCAAGGCAGCAACUGUAAUUCAGUGGUUCAUACCGUCCUUGUUCUCAGCAACAUGUCUUGUCAACUAGUGAGGACAGAGGUUUCAGACUGUGAGCUAGUUGAUCGUUUCUCUUCUGCUUUGAUUUCUCAAGGGACACAGUUGUGGUUCAUAUAAUUAAAUCUGAGUGUACAAUCUCAUUCCUGAACCGACCCAGGUGGUGAAUAGAGCGGAAACUGACAGAACAAAAUAUAUAAAUAUAUAGCUCAUAACUGACCGGUACUUUGACAAGAGAUGUUAGAAUAUCUUUAUGGAUUUUUUUUUUAAGUAAAAAAAUUCAAAUUAUCCGUACAACAAUAUUAGUCGCAGAGAAAGUAAUGUACAGUGUUUAUACAUAAAAAUAAAAUCUGACAAAUAUUGAGACUUUUUCGUCUUGUCAUGCAUUACUGUUUAUACUCAUGAAUUUUAAUAUUUUAUCUUAUCGAAAUUUGUGGUAAUGCUAACUGAAAUAAAAUCAGCUGUACUGUGUCAUUAAAUCCUCAACAUUGUUUUUCUUCUCUUCCCAUCCUCUGAAACUGAUUGUUGCCAUUUUUUAUUUCUAUUUCUCUCUUUUUCAGAUUGUCUGACUAUGUUCAGUGGUUUCAUGGCGUUACUGCCUCUGUAAUCAACAAUAGGUUUAGAGUAGCUGUUUUCCAGUUGUGAGAUGAGUAAAUACUACUCAGAUACUAAAAACCCAACAAGGGUUUAGUAAUUUGCCAGAAAUUAUUCCUUUCCAGUAAUGUCAUGGUAUUGUUCUGUCUUUAAUUGGAAUGAGUAUCAAGCUUAAUGCUUUUUAAAGACUUUCUGUCCAGAUGUACGAGUUCAAGCUUCAGCUUCGCUUUCUAUCCAGAGACAAGAUUAUUAUUAUUGUUUUUCAAAAAGUUUCUGCUCUUUUUAAUGUGUUUAGAUGAAGGAUUUAUCACGCUAACAUUAACGUGUGUUGCCACUGGCAGCAUGGGAGAAAAAUAACUUGCACAGAGUUUAUAUCCCUGCAUUUUCACCAUGACUAAAAACUCCAUUGACAAGAAGAAACAAUCAAACUCUCUUGAAUCAAAAGGGUCAUUAGACAGAAGAGAUAGUGUGGCUUUUUCCCACUCUACACAGACAUUGCCCUACAAUCAUGUUAGGAUGCCAGAAAUAAAAAAUGAUUUGCAUGGGGCUGAAUUUAUGUAACUGAAAUAAGUGCUAAAGCAGAAAUUUACUGAGUACUAAUUAUGAAGUGAACAGUUACCUUAAAAGAGAACUCCACCAUCGUCCAUAUGAAGGAGACUGAUUUAGGAUUUCUUUUACUUUAAAAUAUUUGACAACAAAUGUAUUCAUCUAAGAUCACCACAAACAUUAAAGUGAUCAAAAGUCACCCCAAAGGGGGGAAACAAAUAAUAAUUUAUAUGCCUAAAUGGACUGCCUCCUUCUUCAGAAACUGUUUUUGUAAAGGCUUUUUAAAGAUUGUAUAAAAUAAAAUGUUCUGACUAAUGAAUGAGAAAAUAUUGUUUCCAUUUUAGUUUGUUGUUUUCCUAUGAAAAGUUUUUCAAUCAAUCAUGUAAUUGUACGGUGGAGCCUAUUUUUCUAUUCACGAGUGAAUGGAGGUCUGAAGGGGAUGUUACCCACCUGUGAGGUUUUCUUCAGUUGUGGACUGGUCUGAACUUGUUGUUAGGGUGAACUUUUCCCCCUGGAAAGAAAAAAAAAGUGAGCACUUCAUUAAAACACUAGUAAUAACCAGAACAAGAACCACUGCAAUAUUAAAGUGUUUGCCCUAUGAGGUCUACACAGAUUCUCUGAGUUGCUCUGCAAUACAGUCAAGUUAUCUGUUGGCAUAAGGAGUGCCCACUGUACUCCGGAGCCCUUCAAUUGGAGUGUAUGGACAAAUUCCAGUUUUCAACAUAGUCAAAAUACUCUUAAUAAAACCUAAAAGUAGAUUUGGGGGAAAUGUGUUACAGAGUAGCAGUGAAGAUACAAAUGUCUGUGAGAGGAGAGGUGAGAAGUGGAAACGUCCUGAUAUGUUUGCUAUCGAUUGCAUGCAUACAGUGUAAACCCAAUGAAUCAAAGGAAAGUCACUUUUUUUCCUUACAGCAUAUUAGUGCCAAUAUGUACGUGGUCUGUUUUGAUAUUUCUUUGCACUACAAUGUGUAUGUUGAAGAUGAUGAUGCCUCUACAUUAUACAUUAUUGCAGUCGUCACGUCUCUGGUCUGAUCUGAGGGAGAUUGUAAAAACUGGUUAUUUUUCCUAAAUUAAAAGGAAAGAUGCCUAUACAGAAAAUCAUCAGUAUUUCAUUUAAUACUUUCAAAAAAAAAUGCCAUUGUCAUCACAAAGUUUACGGUCACUUAACAGUAAUGUUUUCUCAUAUCAGAUCUGAUGUGGGAAUUGGUCAACCUGAAAUGUGUGCAUUGUGUGACUGAAUUUGUUGAAGUACUGAGAAUCUGAAAAUGCAGUGUGUGAUUAGCUUUGUUGCUACUGCGACAAAUCAACCAUUGGUUUUUGUUCAAUUGCUUUGUUUUUGAGCAGCCUCUACAUUUUGUGUAUUUUGUAUUAUCUGUUUUACAAACUUGUUCCAAACCAUUACUACAAACUGAAGUGGUUUUACCUGUAAAUUCAAUAACUUAUCUUACGAUCUCUCAUUUGUAAUGAGGAUUUAGAGGAAGUUGUAUUACUGAUGUUCUUAUGUCAUUUGUUUUUGCUCGGUUUUGCUUUUGUAUUGUUUUAUAGCCACGCAGCAUCUCAAAAAAAAGAAAAAAGAAAAGAAAAAGCUCAUGAUUUCCAUUUGAUAGACACGUCUGUUUAGAGUGCAAUUAAAGUGCAAUUUUGAUGUAAUCUAAA